AUGUUAGCCAUAUCUGGUCUAUUGGUCCGUAAAGACCUCAACCCAUGGGUUAAACAACGAUUCAAACAAAAUCAACUCCAGGACAACUCCCCUCCCGGUGCCUGUUAUGGAGAUUUAGGCUGUUUUAACAUCACCGCCGACUUUAAGCACCUGAUGUACCGGCCAUACAACGUAAUGCCUGAGCCACCGGACAAAAUAAAGACCAAGAUCUUUAUGUAUACCCGUAUUAAGCCUACCAAACGGCUCCGGGUGAGCGACCAGUGGCUUGUUUACAGGCAAUCGAGGCAGGCUACUUUUUUGCCUGAUUUUGAUGGUAGUAAAAGGACAAUGGUUAUUAUUCAUGGAUUUGUUGAUAACUUAUCGUAUGGUAAAUGGAUUACGCGAUUAAAGGAUGAGUUACUUAUUAAUGGCGAUUAUAAUGUGUUUGUUGUCGACUGGUCUGAAGGCAAUGGGCUGCCAUACUCACAAGCCGCUGCCAAUAGCCGAUUGGUGGGCGCGCAAAUAGCUUUAAAUAUGCCCAGGUCUGUUCGUCUGGAUAGUAGCGAUGCCACGUUUGUCGACGUUAUACACACCGAUGCCAAUCCGUUUCUAACACGUGGUGGUCUGGGAAUGAGCCAGGCCAUUGGCCAUAUUGAUUUUUAUCCUAAUGGAGGCAGCGAUCAACCUGGUUGCACCCAGGACAAAAUACAAUCAUUUUUGAACGGUGGCUUUAUGGAGGGCACUCGACAGUUGGUGGCGUGCAAUCAUCUCCGGCCCACCGACUACUUCAUUGAAAGUGUUAACCCAAAGCCCAAUGCGAGCCAAUUAUGCCGAUUCAGGGCCCACUCGUGCGACUCAUGGCAACGCUUUUCUAUGGGGAAGGGAUGCGACGGUUGCGGUCGCGCGGGUCGACUGUGCGCUCAAAUGGGCUUUCAUUCGGUCGACUGGUUUAGGAAUCGCAGGAAUUCCAAG